AUGGCUGCUAAGGACAUACCCAGUGACCUCAAGAAGCAAAUGCAACGAGCGCUCGUCAAAGUGAGGAAAUACAAGAUUGCUCGAGAUCUUAUUCCUUAUUAUUCCAGCAUACUGAUAUUGUGGGAGAAUCCAGUGGUGAAGUUGUCGAUUUGA